AUGUGGAAAAACAACAACAGAGCUUCUACUUCUUUAAUCAUUGUAUUUUUUAUCCUAACCUUUUCACUUAUAAGAUCAAGCUCAGCUUUAUAUUUCUAUCUUGAAGGAAAUGAUCCGAAAUGUUUUAAUGAAGAAUUACCAAAAGACACACUUGUUGUAGGCACUUAUAAGGCAGAAGAAUGGUCUGAUGCACAGCAACAAUAUAUUGAAAAUACACAGCUUGGAAUUCAAAUAAUUGAAUUACCUCAUAAUCAUCGUAUUGUAAAUCAAAGAGGUGCAAAUAGAGGCCGAUUCACCUUUACCACAGCAGAAUCAGGUGAUCAUGCCAUAUGUUUACAAACCAAUUCAAGUAAUUGGUUCUCUUCUUUACAAACGAAAUUACAUUUAGAUAUGGUAUUUGGUGACUCAAUUAGCGAUGAAAGUGAUCAAGAACAUUUUAGUGAUCUUGCACAAAGAGUCCAUGAUUUAAAUAAUCGUGUUGCAGAUAUUAGAAGAGAACAAAGUUAUCAACGUGUAAGAGCGUGA